UAAUCCCAUAUUGUGUGCCUGCCAUAUUAUAGCUGGCUGCUAUAAAAGUGUAGCAGAGUGUGGGUUGGGCUAUAAAAGCAUAAAUAUAGCAUCAACCAAAUAAGAUCAGGACAGGUGAGGCAGACAGGAUCAUUCAGAAGAUUCAGUAAAGGUGGACAGAGCUUUUUGAAGAAACUGUUAGGAGGUGUUGGCUGCAAUUGGAGAUAAAUAUAGGCCUAAUAUUCAGCCAUAAAAGCCAACAGGUGGAGUGCUGCAACAAUUAUUCUCCUGACUUGAAUUAGACAAAAACUGGACCAAAUUUAAGCCUCCACUCUAUUUUUAAAACCAAGACAUCCUUGCUUUGACAGUUUUAAUAUAAUUCAGUUGAAAGAUCAACCUAAGUAGAGUUUUGAGGUACUUUUAGGAGUUGUUACUCGUAGAGGAGGUUGAAGCACCAGUGUCAAAAUGUGUUCAGGUGGCUUUGCCAAGUGUCUGGGGAUCAGUCUGAUGCCUCUGGCGAUUGUGUGUGUGCUGUGUAACAUCCUGCUCUUCUUCCCCGGUGGAAAAUCUGUCGACAGUCAACACAUCACAGAGCAAGUCUGGUACUUUGGAGGCAUUCUGGGAUCUGGAGUGCUGAUGAUCUUCCCGGCUCUGGUCUUCCUGGGUCUGAAGAACAAUGACUGCUGUGGUUGCUGUGGCAACGAAAGCUGUGGGCGGAGAUUUGCGAUGCUGAGUUCCAUACUGUUUGCAGCUGUGGGUGUUGUAGGGGCUGGUUACUCAGUUAUUGUUUCUGCUGUAGCCAUAAACCACGGACCUAAGUGUGUGGUUAGCAUUAAUGGCACAGACAAGCAGUGGAACACUCCCUUUUCAGAUGGUGACUACUUGUCCAACAAAACUGCCUGGUCAACGGUAUGCUUAGAGCCGGCUGGCGUGGUGUCCUGGCAUCUCUCUCUGUUCUCUGUGCUGCUGGUCAUUGGUAUAAUCCAGAUGGCACUGUGUGCUGUGCAGGUGGUUAACGGCCUGCUGGGAUGUCUGUGUGGGGACUGCUGUGGAGGGAGUGAUGGAGCCUGAAGUUUGAGCACGUCCUACAGCUGUGAGAGUCUCCAGGCAGCUGUUUCCUGUAUGGUUUCUGUUUUUAGAGGAUGACAGUGGUUUCUUGCUUUAUACCAUAGCUGUACAUUUUUGCAUAAGAGCUCAUUGAUUACAUUGUGCGUACUAUCGGACAACACUGUUGAAAUGACAGAGCUCUAAUUUAAAGGGUUUCCCAUUUACUCUCUAGCAAACACUAAUGACUCCAUCUUCUCAUGAUUGUGAGCACUAAUCACUGUACUGUAGUUAACAAUUUUAAUCCUGCUAUACACAAAUCAGUGAAUAAAGAUCCUAUUUUUGUAUAUGUAUGAAAAGCAGAUGGGACCAUGACACAGGAUAGGGUCAUAGUAUUGCUUAAAAUACUGUUGUUUUUUUCUUAUCUACUUUAAACAAGGCAGCAACCUGUUAGAAAAAUAAUUCUUAAGAGUUUCUCUCUUGAGAUAAUAUAUUUCUGUUACAUGACUGCCCCCUGUUGGGUAUUUGGUGUAGUAAGCAUGAGUUUGAUGGGGGUUAAAAGGUCAUAGAGGUGGACCUACAUAUGUAUAUAUAUAACUAUAAACUAUAUAUAAUUAUGUUUACAGUCUAUGGUAUCAACACCAUCAAUAAAAUCUAACAUCAUGUACUCCUCAAUGAGUGUGUUUACAUGGACACCCCGUUAUGAUGAAUGUUGCUCUUAGAAUCAAAAGUACUCCAACAGAAUACUUUUAUUUCAAAAUGUUGUUCCAACGGACUUUAGUACAGUUGUCUAAAAUUUCCCUUGGGAUGAAUAAAGUAUAUCUAUCUAUCUAUCUAUCUAUGAUCAUGACAAAUGUGUUAUGGAGGUGUUUUCUUGUAUCAGUGUGUGCCACGGGAAAAUAUUACUCACUGUAGGCAUGGAUGUAACUGUCAUUAGGCUUUUUUCACUGCUCUUUUGUACAGACUUACAUAUGUCGGCCUUUUUAUGACGAGGCACUAACUUGUGUGAUGUGUUAUUAAAGUACAUCUUUCUGUA